AUGUCGUCAAACUUGAUGUUCAUUUCCAGCGAUCCUACAACGGAGCGCUAUAAGAAGAUUGCAAGUACCGUUGAGUCACGGCCUGGUAGUGAUUUGACACCAUCGUCAAUGAUCUCUCGUGGACCAAGUACUGAUACUUCACCGGCCGACACGUCAACCUCUCCAUCUUUUACAUCCACCUCAGAAAGUAAUGUCGCCGACUCACAUUUCAGCGAUACAGAACGAGAACGGCUCCGCUUGAUGCACCACUACACUCUACAUACAGCAAAGACUCUCGCAGACCUCAGCAUUCCCACAGACAGAGAUCAAACAAUUUGGCACAACUUUGCUGUUGAGCUGGCCCUUGAGAACGAUUUGAUGCUUCACGGUCUAUUGAGUCUGAGUGCGCUCCAUCUGGCAUUGAGCGGUAUCUCUAAAGCACGACAUACAAUACUAGCAAUCCAUCACCACGAUCUCGGAUUGGCAUUGUUUCGCCCCUACCUCACCAAUAUCACGGCUCAAAAUUACGAAUCGAUUUUUGGGUUUACGUGUAUAGUCAUGCUCUACGCAUUCGGCAUACAGAGAUGUUCCGAGUCAACUGCGAAUACUAUCGAAAAGGUCCACCAAAUCCUCACACUGAUUUCGAAUUCGCGACCAAUCACCAAGUCUCACAUCCAGGCAUUAAGACAUAGUCGAUGGUCUAUAAUGAUGAUGCCAGAGCCGUAUCCAACCUUAGACGAAAAGCUAUCCGAUGAAAUGGAAGCCAUGUUAGCAAAGCUCAUGCAACGCGUCUCGAUCACCGCUAUAACGCCGAGCCAAGCCGAGACAUAUGUCGCAGUCAUCCAAAGCCUGAGAUACGUCCUCAUCCUCACCUCGACUCCUCGACCAGCACAUGUCACACUAGUCAUAUUCCCAAUGCUGAAUCCAAGCGAGUACUGGGAUAUGAUGUUAAAUCAUGAUCCGCUUGCACUUGCGGUUUUGGCGAAUUAUGCUGUUACGAUUCAUCGGCUAGGACGUAGUAUAUGGAUGGAAGGAUGGGGGAAGGAGAUGGUCGAUGCGGUGCAUGCGAUUCUUGCGCCUGAAUGGCAUGAUUGUAUAUCGUGGGCUCUCGAUGAGACGAGAGAGUAA